AUGAUCGUGCUGUCCAAUAUAUUUCGCGGAAACCAUCCUCAAAAUCAAGUCUCCCCCGAGAUCACCGCUGUUCCCGGAAAGGCUAAUUGUGUGCGACCCGUUGCGCAAAGUUCGUUACGAUUUAAGAAGAGGACUACAGUCGGGGAGAACCUCGAUAACUCCCUGAUAGACGGCUUAAAGAAAGUGAAGAGUGAAAAGUGCAUUUCGAACAGUGUCGACACUUUUCUCACGCACAGGGAGGGCAAAGAAAAAGUGAUAUGCAGUGCCAAAGGUUUAUUAGAAACUAACUUAGAUGAUAUAUUUAGCGACGUCCAAAGAGAUGGCUGGAGUCAAGCGAAGAGUUUAGGAGCCAGUGAGUCAAUUAUAAGGCUCAGUGACGCCGCCAGUAAGCGGGAGUCGAUAGUGGACAGCGAGGAGGACACAGUGUCGAGCGAAUGCGGCGACAGCGAGGCUCGCGAGCAAAGGAAGUGCAUGGGCGCGAGGCGUUUCGGCCACUUGCUAAGGAGAGUUAUUUCGAGAAACGUUACUAGCGUUAAUAAUGCAAGGCGUGGCAGUACUCCUUGUUCAUUCUCCUACGAUCGAAUCGUAGACACAGGCGUGAGAGCCACUCGAAAUGAACUCCGCCGUUCAACUUUUGCCCGACUUACGGCACCUGCUACUUCUUUUUGGGCUAACUUGCAACUGGUCCAACAUUUACCGGAAUUUUGA